GACCCCCUAUCCAGAGUUACGUCAAGAAUCCUGGACCAAAAGCCCCCAACAUGGACAUCAAGAUUGAGCAGCAGCAGCAACAACAACAGCAAGUGGAGCUGGGACCCUGUUCCCCAUCCGAGGUGCCCAAUGAUCCUGGAAAAAUGUUCAUUGGCGGCCUCAGUUGGCAGACAAGUCCAGAGAGCUUACGCGAUUACUUUGGACGUUAUGGUGAUAUCUCAGAGGCUAUGGUCAUGAAGGAUCCCACGACGCGCAGAUCCAGAGGCUUCGGCUUUGUCACAUUCAGCGAUCCAAAUAGCGUAGAUAAGGUACUCACCCAAGGCACACACGAGCUGGAUGGCAAAAAGGUCGAUCCGAAAGUAGCUUUUCCGCGCCGUGCACAUCCCAAGAUGGUGACGAGAACGAAGAAAAUCUUUGUGGGCGGCCUCUCGGCGCCCACCACACUGGAGGAUGUCAAAAGUUACUUCGAACAGUUUGGUCCGAUCGAGGAUGCCAUGUUGAUGUUCGACAAGCAGACCAAUCGGCACAGAGGUUUUGGCUUCGUUACAUUUCAAAGCGAAGAUGUGGUAGACAAAGUUUGCGAAAUUCAUUUCCACGAGAUAAACAACAAAAUGGUCGAAUGCAAGAAGGCGCAGCCCAAGGAAGUGAUGCUGCCAGCCAACUUGGCCAAGACACGGGCCGCCGGGCGUUCUGCAUACGGUGAGUUGGUAGUCUGGGGCAGCCACGCCCAUUCGACGGCGGCCACUACGGCCGCUGCCGGCCUGUUGCCGAGUAGUUUAGCCGCUGCCGCCUCCGUGCUGCAGCAGCACCAGCAGCAGCAGCAGCAACAGCAUCAACAGCAGAUGCAACAACAGCAGCAGCAACAUCAGCACCACCACCACCAGCAGCUACACUCACACACACCACAGUCGGCCACCCACCACACACCCCACUCCCAUGCCACCCACAACCACUUGCUCAGCUCGUUGCGCUACUCCCCCUACCCCCUGCCUGCUCAUCUUCAGGCUGCAGCCGUUGUGGCCGCCCAGCAACAGCAACAGCAGCAACAACAGCAAGUGCAGCAGCAACAACAGCAGCCCAGUUUGGCCCAAGUUGUGGCCGCGGCUGCUGGCGCUGCCCCUGGCCUCCUGCCGCUCACCACUCCCACCCCUGCUGCCACGCCCUCCUUGCUGCAAUACGCCGCGGCAGCCAACGCCCUUCCAGGUCAAAGCAAUACCGCUCUGGCGAACUCUCUGUAUGCCGAUGCCGCGGCAGUGGUUGGCUACAAACGCCUUCUGGCCGCCGCCGCAGUGAGCAGCGGCCUGAGAACGCCGGCCACCGCUCUGGGCGCCUUAACGGCAGCUGCUGCCAAUGCCCCAGCAGCCGCGGCAGCUGCAGCUGUGGCGCAGCAAGCUCAGUUGCGACAAAAUGCCGCACUUGCAGCAGCCCAUUAUCCGCUAAGCGAGCUCCUGGCCAUGCCCGGGGGUCUCGAGAUCGGGGCGGGAGCCAAUACGGCGGCAGCAGCAGCGGCCUCACUGUAUCAGUUGCCUGGAAUCUGACCACCCAGGCCACAGUGAGCCC